AUGGCGGCGCAUUACUCGAUUGCUACUUACACGAUGAUUCCUCUGGUUUCAGUGUUGGCAGCGACAACAAAGUCAUACGGAUUGUUUUCAAUGUUGGCAAAGAGGAUGUUUUGGGAAAAGUCAGUGCGGUGUGUUGAGUAUUCUUAUGCUGCAGGUAUAAAUGUCCAAACAGGAGAAGAAGUUGCUGUCAAGCUGGAAUCUGUGAAGACCAAGCAUCCCCAACUUCAUUAUGAAUCAAAGUUGUAUAUGCUGCUUCAAGGAGGAACUGGUAUUCCGAUCCUCAAGUGGUUUGGAGUUGAAGGUGAAUACAGCGUAAUGGUUAUUGACCUUCUAGGUCCUAGCCUUGAAGAUUUGUUUAACUACUGCAACAGGAAGUUUACCUUGAAAACUGUUCUCAUGCUUGCGGACCAAUUACUUAACAGGGUCGAGUAUAUGCAUACUCGAGGUUUCCUUCACCGUGAUAUAAAGCCUGACAACUUUUUAAUGGGCCUUGGACGCAAAGCAAAUCAGGUGUAUAUCAUUGAUUUUGGAUUAGGGAAGAAAUACAGAGACAUUCACACUCACAAGCACAUUCCUUACAGUCAAAAGGAAAUAUCAAUUUUUGUCACAGAGAAAACAAAAAUAUCACAGGGACAGCUCGGUAUGCGAGUGUCAAUACUCACCUUGGAGUCGAACAAAGUCGAAGGGAUGAUUUGGAAUCACUUGGUUAUGACUUAUGUGUUUAUGUAUUUUCUCAAAGGAAGAUUACCAUGGCAGGGAUUAAAAGCUGGGACAAAAAAGCAGAAAUAUGACAGAAUCAGUGAGAAGAAAUUUGAUCAUUGA